GCUUUGACCACUACACCACUCUCCCAUUCCCUUUCCAAUUCCGCCAUUGAUGAACCUCCGCGCUACCCCCCUACCUCCUUCAACUGUCAACUCAUACUAACUGCAGAAUAUUCCCAUUCCCCAGAUCUUAACGCCCAAAAUGACCCAACCUAGAAGAAAUUCCCCACUCAUUUCAACCUAAUUGCUUUUCCGGUUCCUUCGUUCAGCUACUAUAUACUCCACCAUACUAUUACUGUCCAAAUUCCGGCAAUGGCGGCGGCGGAGGCGACAGACGCGGCGCCGUCGGCGGAGAAAAAGAACGAGCAGAGCCUGCCGUUUCACCAACUGUUCUCGUUCGCGGAUAAAUACGACUACGCGUUGAUGAUUUCUGGAAGCCUCGGCGCCGUCGUCCAUGGCUCCUCCAUGCCUGUCUUCUUCCUCCUCUUCGGUCAAAUGGUCAAUGGCUUCGGCAAAAACCAGAUGGAUUUGGACAAGAUGACUCAUGAAGUCGCCAAGUAUGCUCUCUACUUCGUGUACCUCGGAUUGGUCGUCUGCUUUUCUUCCUACGCAGAAAUCGCGUGUUGGAUGUACACCGGCGAGAGGCAAGCGGGUGCUCUGAGGAAGAAGUAUUUGGAGGCUGUACUACAACAGGAUGUCGGAUUCUUCGACACCGAUGCAAGAACCGGCGAUAUCGUUUUCAGUGUCUCCACAGAUACUCUGCUCGUCCAGGACGCCAUCAGCGAGAAGGUUGGCAAUUUCAUUCAUUACCUCUCGACAUUUCUCGCCGGGCUAGUGGUCGGUUUCGUGUCAGCAUGGAAGCUGGCAUUACUCAGCGUCGCUGUGAUUCCCGGCAUCGCAUUUGCCGGAGGCUUAUACGCGUAUACUCUAACAGGAUUAACCUCAAAGAGCCGGGAGUCUUAUGCGAAUGCCGGCAUUAUUGCCGAGCAGUCGAUUGCGCAAGUGAGGACGGUGUAUUCUUACGUAGGCGAGGCCAAAGCGCUCGGGGCGUAUUCAGAUAUGAUACAGAAUACUUUAAAGCUCGGUUACAAGGCAGGAAUGGCUAAAGGGCUCGGGUUAGGAUGCACGUACGGUAUCGCGUGCAUGUCGUGGGCUCUUGUUUUCUGGUACGCCGGUGUUUUCAUACGUAACGGACAGACGGAUGGCGGCAAAGCAUUCACUGCUAUAUUCUCUGCCAUUGUUGGCGGCAUGAGCUUGGGUCAGUCGUUUUCGAACCUCGGCGCUUUCAGCAAAGGUAAAGCUGCGGGAUACAAACUUAUGGAGAUAAUCAAGCAGAAACCAAAAAUAGGUCAAGAUGCAUUGUCUGAAUCACAGUGCCCGUCUGAGGUCGAUGGAAACAUCGAGUUCAAAAACGUGACCUUUAGCUACCCUUCUAGGCCUGAUGUUUUCAUCUUAAGAGACUUUUCGAUUUUCUUCCCUGCCGGAAAGACUGUUGCGGUGGUUGGUGGUAGUGGCUCGGGGAAAAGCACCGUGGUCUCCUUGAUCGAAAGAUUUUACGAUCCUAAUCAAGGUGAGAUUUUGCUGGACAACGUGAACAUUAAGAUGCUGCAGCUACGAUGGCUGCGCAAUCAGAUUGGUUUGGUGAAUCAAGAACCGGCGCUCUUUGCGACCACGAUACUUGAAAACAUUCUCUACGGCAAACCCGAUGCCACCACGGCAGAAGUCGAGGCUGCUGCCUCUGCUGCCAAUGCUCAUUCGUUUGUCACGUUGCUUCCCAACGGAUACGGCACACAGGUCGGGGAGAAAGGUGUCCAGCUCUCAGGUGGUCAGAAGCAGAGAAUAGCCAUUGCUCGCGCUAUGCUGAAAGACCCUAAGAUACUUCUUCUCGACGAAGCGACGAGCGCGUUGGACGCAGGCUCAGAAAGCAUUGUUCAAGAGGCUCUCGAUCGUCUGAUGGUCGGAAGAACUACUGUUGUCAUAGCCCACCGCCUUUCAACGAUCAGAAACGUGGACAGCAUUGCAGUUAUGCAGCAAGGGCAGGUCGUCGAGACCGGGACUCACGACGAGCUGAUCGAUAAAGCGAGUGGCGCUUAUGCAUCUUUGAUUCGAUUUCAAGAAAUGGCUGGGAAGGGGGAUUACUCGAAUCCGUCCACUCGUCGUACUCGAUCGUCGCGCCUAAGUCAUUCGUUAUCGACGAAGUCUCUCAGCCUUCGAUCGGGGAGUUUAAGAAACUUGAGCUAUUCUUACAGCACCGGCGCAGAUGGCCGCAUUGAGAUGGUAUCGAGUGCUGAAACCGACAGGAAAAAUCCAGCCCCGGCUGGUUACUUCUGCCGGCUGCUUAAACUGAAUGCUCCCGAGUGGCCUUAUUCGAUUAUGGGAGCUGUUGGAUCGGUUCUUUCGGGGUUCAUUGGCCCGACGUUCGCCAUUGUAAUGGGUAACAUGAUCGAUGUGUUCUAUUAUCAGAAUCCCGUGGCUAUGGAAAGGAAAACGAAGGAGUACGUUUUCAUUUACGUUGGCGCCGGUGUUUAUGCCGUGGUUGCGUACUUGAUUCAGCACUACUUCUUUAGCAUCAUGGGCGAGAAUCUUACGACAAGAGUUCGCCGGAUGAUGCUUGCCGCCAUUUUAAGGAAUGAAGUCGGGUGGUUCGACGAGGAGGAGAACAACUCGAGCCUGUUGGCUGCGCGGCUAGCAACCGAUGCAGCGGAUGUGAAGUCCGCCAUUGCUGAGAGGAUAUCAGUUGUGCUGCAAAACAUGACAUCUCUUCUCACUUCCUUCAUCGUCGCUUUCGUCAUCGAAUGGCGCGUUUCGCUGCUCAUUCUGGGGACCUUCCCCCUCCUUGUUCUUGCAAACUUUGCUCAGCAACUCUCUCUGAAAGGAUUCUCCGGCGACACGGCGACAGCGCACGCGAAGACGAGCAUGAUCGCCGGCGAAGGAGUGAGUAACAUCCGUACGGUGGCGGCGUUCAACGCGCAAGAGAAGAUACUCUUCCUGUUCUGCCAGCAGCUCCGCAUUCCGCAGCGCCGAAGCCUCCAUCGUAGCCUGUGUUCAGGGAUUUUAUUUGGCCUGUCGCAGCUCGCGCUGUACGCUUCCGAAGCUCUCAUCCUAUGGUACGGCGCGCAUCUCGUCGGCAAAGGGAUCUCGACCUUCUCGAAGGUGAUCAAGGUGUUUGUAGUCCUUGUGAUCACCGCGAACUCAGUCGCUGAAACCGUCAGCCUCGCUCCCGAGAUCGUCCGCGGCGGAGAAGCCGUCGGAUCGGUCUUCUCGAUCCUCGAUCGCUGCACGCGAAUCGAUCCCGACGAUCCCGAAGCCGAGCCCGUCGAAUCAAUCCGCGGCGAGAUUGAGCUGCGCCACGUCAAUUUCGCGUAUCCGUCCCGCCCGGACGUCGCCGUGUUUAAGGACCUCAGCUUACGAAUCCGGGCGGGACAGAGCCAAGCCUUAGUCGGCGCGAGCGGGUCGGGAAAGAGCACGGUGAUCGCACUAAUUGAAAGAUUCUACGAUCCCACCGGAGGGAAAGUUAUGGUCGACGGAAAGGACGUCCGGAGGCUAAACCUAAAGUCCCUCCGGCUAAAAAUCGGGCUGGUACAACAAGAACCGGCGCUGUUCGCCGCGACGAUAUUCGACAACAUCGCGUACGGGAGGGACGGAGCGUCGGAGGCAGAGGUGAUCAAAGCGGCGACUGCGGCGAACGCCCACGCGUUCAUCAGCGCAUUGCCGGAGGGGUACAAAACUCCGGUGGGGGAGCGGGGCGUGCAGCUAUCGGGGGGCCAGAAGCAGCGGAUCGCGAUAGCGCGGGCGGUAUUGAAGGACCCGACGAUCCUGUUGCUCGACGAGGCGACGAGCGCGCUCGACGCAGAAUCGGAAUGCGUGCUGCAGGAGGCGCUGGAGAGGGUGAUGCAUGGACGGACGACGGUGGUGGUGGCUCACCGGCUGUCGACGAUACGCGGCGUCGACAGCAUCGCGGUGGUCCAGGACGGCCGGAUUGUGGAGCACGGCAGCCACGGCGAGCUGGCGCGGCGGCCGGAGGGGGCGUACAGGAGGCUGUUGCAGGUGCAGGUGCAGGUGCAACGCCAUGGGAACGUACAGUUGAAUUGAAGUGCAUUGGGUUAUUGAAUUGGUUUAGUAAUGGAGAUUGUUUAAAAUAUGACUUUAUAUAAUGAAUCAAUCAAGUAGUAAACAAUUCUAUCAAUAUAGUUUAACUUUACCCA